GCGUGCAAAUAUCUAUCAAAGCGACUACUAUGACCUACAUAUCUAUACAACGUUUUAUGUUGUCACAUCUCAAAUUUUAGCGAGCAGAUCUGUUAUACAAUGGAUCAUGGAGAACUUUAAUGAUUUAAACGCAGAUCGUCUAACUGGAGCUGUAGCUUUGCUUUCAUUUCUUAUGGUGACUGGGUUCAUUGGCAAUCUUCACGUGCUUUUCGUGUACACUUUUCGGCUUAAACCUUCUAACCACGGGAUUUAUAUUCUUUUUCUCAGUGUUCAGGAUAUCAUUGCGUGUGCACUUCUUAUCCCUCUGAGAAUCUACGUAUACAUAAAUUUGUGGACACACGGGAAUGACUUCACAUGCAGAUUCGAAAGUUUUUUGAUGUGUUUAAUCCUUACUGCAUCUGCUUUCACGCUACUGUUAGUUGCCACAGAUAGGUACCGCAAAAUAUGCUGCCCGCUUGGAUGGCAGAUUAAAAGAAGAAUCGCUAAACUGCUAUGCGUCAUUGUGCUUAUUUCCGCCUGUUUAUGUUCCUGGCCGGUUUUAGUGCUAAAUGAGCCAAAAACAAUAGAACUGAAUAAUGUUACUAUCACAAUGUGUGGCACCGUUGAUGGAUAUAUGGAAUAUCAACUUUAUCAUCGUAUUAUAAUGGCAGCCAUAUUCUUUGGAUCAUUAUGCAUCCUUACAGGACUUUAUGUGUUAAUAAUUAAAGCAGCAGCUAAAUAUUUCUCUAGAGACAUCGUAAAUGGGACUGACCAAUGUUCAAAAGGAGCACACAAUGCUUUUAAAGAACAAGAUGAGUACGGAUCUAAAGAAAGUUUGAUACCACAUGAGCAAAACAUUAUAAAGCCAUGCAAAGAUGGAAAACCGCAAGACAAUUUACGUGUAAGUACAAAAACAACGAGACAAAACACGGCCGAUUGUACCACCAGCCCAGCCCGUACAGAGAAAUGUAAUAUCGGACCUAACAGAACAAACAGGUCAAGGAAAACGACAACGAUUUUCAUCCUGAUAACUGUGUUCUAUUUCAUUAGCUACAUACCAUUUAUAUCUUUAGAUAUCUUUCUUGUUCAUGGACUGUUAACUUCCUCAACAUCUCUAAGUAUGGCUGGUUUUGUUGCCAUACAUAUUAUCAGCUCUUGUGUAUUUAUUAACUGCGUGGCAAAUUGUUUCAUAUACAGUUGUUUCGAUACUCGUUUCAGAAAUGAGAUAGGGGUAAUGUAUAAGAUGCUAUGGUACGCAUGCAAACACUGAGACGGCCGUAUAUGUAGGAUCAAAUAUGUCAAUUUUAUUGUAGCAGUCAGAAUCAAAUACGGAGGUGGAGGCAUAAUCUUAACAGAAAUAUCGGGAUCAGUUAUGUAGUACAACUAAUGGUCGGAAAAUUAAACAUGGUGCUUAAUUUAAUUUAAUAUUUAUAAAAAUUUAAUGCUUAAAUGUUUAUCUUGGAGAUUCGUUAAGCAUAGUGUAUGUUUUGUUAUUGACACCUCUACAGUUAGUCGCCACGCUUUUCUAUUUCCGUAAUAUUUUGAAAUACUUACGUCUUGAUAGAUGUUAUUAUUCAAACCUAAGGGAAAGGGUGUCUGUAGAUGUUUAAUCCAUUUAAGUUUAACCUUGAAACCAGAUGUCAUGUUUCAUAGUUCAACUGUUCGACAGGUUGAACAGAAACAUCUUUAACUGAAUGUCCGGUUUUACGAAAAUUAUGAUAUAAAAAUUGUCGAAAUUUGGUGUUCCAGAAAUCUUAUUUUAAGAGGUCGUUUCGUUUGUCCAACGUACUGUAUACCACAGUUAUGUGCAUGUCAUGUAAGUACAUAGAUAACAUCAGAGAACUUUCAAGAAAUGUCUGAAUGAAACUUUAUAUCAAAAUUUCUAUCAUUUACAGUAAAGCGUAUUGCCGAGGAGACAACACAUGCACCUAGUAUACGAAUGGCACCUAGAGACUGGAUGUUUUCAGUAAAAGGUGUUUUGAUGUAUUUUCUAAGAAUAGGCGAUAAAUUGAUGAAAUCAGUACAGGUUCACAAAUGUCCACCGGCCGCCACAUUAAAACUAGCUUUUUAUGGAAGUUACGUUUUACUGGACUCGUUAAAUAUCGCACACUAAGUAUUUCUGAAAGAACUAGGUUUUUCAUACUCAUAAGAUUUUUAGUGAGAUAAAGCCAUUACGGUUUGAAUCCUUUGGUAAGAAGUCAAUUUAAUUUCACUGUCUUCGUAUUAAGUAUUUUAAGAACUAAAAGCUGUGUAAUAAGUAAGGUUAUCAAUUCUGAUUUAUAUCGAUACAGUUACAAAGCUGGUUUUAUUUUAUUUGGUGUAACUAAAAUAUUUAUCGAUUUUUCAUAUAUAAAAGACGAAAGUGUCCGAAAUAUAAAAUGGCGUCUUAAAAACAGAUACACAGGUAUUUUCCCAUCAAAACAAAGUUUUUUCGUGAAAUGUCUGAAUUUUAGAACUUUCUACUUUCAUUCUGUGUCAUCAAAUCUUAACUAUUGUUUAAUGCCCAACAAAUCAAAUUGGGAAGAACUCGCACAAAUAUGUUGCGAUGUUGAACAGCUGAGACAUAUAGAAAGUAUGACAAAAUUAUGUUUAUGCCACCAAUCGUUUUUUUAUGCUUUGCUCCAAUACGACCAGAAUAUUUUGUACAAAAAUGUGCUAUUGUACGCACCAUAAACCGGUUUAAGCUACCCAGUGGUGUUUUUGCCACUGACCGUUCCAAGGCGGUGCCCCACUGUGUUCCUUCGUUUGUUCGUUUUGUCCUGAUGUGUUGGUUUUGUGUGUGUGUGUGUGUGUGUGUGUGUGUUCCUUUGUUUGUUCGUUUUGUCCUAAUGUGUUGGCUGUGUGUGUGUGUGUGUGUGUGGUGCACGCGUCUGCGUGCUGUGGGUUUCGUUUUGAGGAGUCUGCGUUUUUGGUGCGCGGCAUUCCCUGUUUGAUAUUUGUCUUUGUUUUUUUACGUUGUAGUGUAACUGUGAUUAAGGAACUCUUUGUAUAUUCAUCCUUGUUCUACUUUCUCCUUCAACCUCUUCACCGCCCCUCCCCCUCCCCUCCCCCUUUCUUCCUCUUACCACUUCCUCCCCCUCUGUCUUCAUUUGGCAUUAAUUUAUAUGUACUUGUUAGAUUUUUGAAGCAACCCGUCUGUAAUAUUUUUCCGUUACAGCUUCUCUUUGUUGUUGUGAGCCUACUUUGCAAAUGCGUGGCUCUGAGGCUGUGUUUUUAGUGCUCUGUGCUUCCAAGAAGUCUUCCCUUACCUAUAAUCUUUUAUAUAGUUUUGAUUUUGUCCCAGCAUGCGACUCUUGCCUCCCGAGUCGUUCUGUCCCAAAAUAUAUUAGACUGGAAGGAAAUGAAUGUGAUAUUUUCGUCACGUAUUUUCGUCAAGUCUCAAAGAAUAACAAUACUAAUAUUUCUCCAUCUGAGACGUCCAAUAUUGCCUAAACUUAUAUGUAACCACCAGAAUGUCCUACAUUUGUUGAAUUUGUAUCACUAUCAUGUGCAGUCAUCCAGAUACUGCUAGUAUUUUGUUCCACUCUCCAUGUCUAAUAGUGUGCAAGCGAUAGAAAUAACCAUACGAAUUAAUACCCAGGCGGCCCACAAUAAUACUUUUAUGUCGUUGAUCCGACAUCCACUGAUGAUGACCUCAUGUUUGACCACAGAAAACCAUUUACAACAAUAAAAAUCUCAAAUA